CCAGAAAUGAAUCUGCCUCCGAAGUUCCCUUAUUCCAUCCCUCUCCUCCUCUCCCUCCUCUUCCUCCCCACCUCCAUUUCUCACCACUCCCUCCUCCAAUGCCUCUACAAUCACUCCAUUCCCCGCUCCCUCAUCGUCACGCCCAAAUCCACGAACUUCACCGCCACUCUCUUCUCCUCCGCUCGAAAUCCGCGCAUCAUCUUCGACCACCACUCCCCCAAACCUUUUCUCAUCGUCACCCCAACACAGGAAUCCCACGCCCAAUCCACCGUCCUCUGUUCUAAAAACCUCAACUUUCGACUCAUAACCAGAAGCGGCGGCCACGACUACGAAGGCCUCUCCUACUCCACCGGCCUUGGCCCCUUCCUCAUCCUCGACCUCUUCAACCUCCGCUCCGUCUCAUUCAAUGCCGAUAACACGGUUUGGGUUCAAUCCGGUUCCACACUUGGUGAGCUCUACUUUUCCAUCGCUUCAAAGAGCCGAACUUUAGCCUUUCCCGCUGGAUUCUGUCCAACGGUCGGCGUCGGCGGGCAUAUAAGUGGCGGAGGGAUUGGUACCAUCAUGCGACAGCACGGCAUCGCCGCCGACCACGUCGUCGACAUCCGCAUCAUUAAAGCCGACGGAGAGAUCUUGGAAAGGGAAUCUAUGGGAGAGGAUCUCUUUUGGGCGUUGAGAGGAGGAGGCGGCGCGAGUUUUGGAGUCAUACUCGCCUACAAGAUAAAUCUCGUCCAAGUCCCUCCAAAGGUAACAGUUUUCUCCAAAAGCUUAACUUCUUUGCUGGUGGCCACCAAAGCUGUCGCCAAAUGGCAGCAGGUGGCUUACAGAGUAGACAAAAGGCUGUACAUCAACGCACUUUUGAACGUGACAAAUAAGACCCCGCAAGUCACUUUUAGCGGCUUGUUCUUGGGUGAGCUGCCUGAGCUGCGCUUAAUCAUGGAGCAGAGCUUACCAGAGUUACAAAUGGCCAUUAAAGACUGUAAGGAGAUGAGUUGGGUUGAGUCCCUGAUAAUCUUCUCUACCAUUCCUGUAUCGAGCAUAAAUAGCAGCCAGCCUUUAAGCAUUUUGCUUGAUAGAAAUCCAAGAACACUCAACCUUUCCUUUAAAGUGAAGUCAGAUAUAGUUACAGAGCCCAUUGCAGAGCAGAGCUGGGAGGAGAUAUGGAAGUAUCUUCUCAGAGGAGAAGAGCAGCUUGUGAUGCUAAUAGAGCCAUUGGGAGGAAAGGUUGCAGAGAUAGCAGAGACUGAGACUCCAUUUCCUCACAGGAAUGGAAGUUUGUUUGUGAUACAGUAUUUGCUGGUGUGGAACGGGACGGGAGAGAAAGUAGCAAAGAAGCAUAUUAAUUGGUUGAGGGGGUUUUACAAAUUCAUGGCUCCAUUUGUCUCAAAGAAACCUCGAUCUGCUUUCCUUAACUUUAGGGAUCUGGACUUGGGACGAAACACUGAAGGGAUGAUAAGCUAUGACAAAGCUAAAAUAUGGGGGAAAAAAUAUUACAGAGUCAACUUCAAGAGACUUGCAUAUGCCAAGUUUAAGGCCGAUCCGGACAAUUUUUUCAAGAAUGAACAGAGCAUCCCGCCCUGGAUUUUUUAGCAUACAUAUUUCUGUUGUAGGUUUUGUUUGUCAAUGUUUUUUUUAUUCAUUCUUAAAAUAAAAUUUUAGUAUAAAAAUUUUAAUUUUUAUACUAAAAAAUUAAUUUAAGAAGCAGUAAGAAAGCUGCCACAAAUGAAACCUUAUGUGAAGGCCUCAUUUUGGGCAGCUUAAUUACUACGAUUUAUAUUUUUAAAUUAUGAAAUUAAA